CCACAUGUUUAACGUACGCUCUAUGUAUGUCACUGUACACAUAAACCAAACUCUCUUGUCUUCUCUUUUCUUACCUUUUAAAGGAUCUAUAACCAACGUAAUCUUUUAAUGGAUUCUCUUCUUCUUUUCUCUCCAUUAUAUUUCUCAGUUCACCUCAUCAGAAUUUCUUCACUUUCCGGCAAUCAUUUUCUUGAUUUUCAGACCCGUCAAUAAAUCUCCGACCAUAUAUUCAACCGGAAGUAAAAUAAAAGGGGUAUUUAGGUAGCUAAAUUAAAGAAGGCAGGAAAUGGGGCAUUUUUCUUCCAUGUUUAAUGGAUUAGCAAGGUCUUUUUCGUUGAAGAAAAGAAGGAAUAGCUCUGAUAAUGGGAAGUACAAUGCUAGAGAGGCUGUUGAAGCUAUGGCUAAAGAAGCCAAGAAAAAUGACUUGAUAUUAAGGUCCCCAGGGACUGUAAACGUUGAUGGCUCUAAGAAUUUUGCUUCAUUAUUCUCCAGAAGAGGUGAAAAAGGAGUUAAUCAAGAUUGCUUCAUUGUUUGGGAGGAAUUUGGAUGCCAAGAAGAUAUGAUAUUUUGUGGUAUAUUUGAUGGGCAUGGACCUUGGGGUCAUUUUGUGUCAAAGAAGGUUAGAGAAUCGAUGGUGUCAUCGUUGCUUUGCAAUUGGCAGGAGAGUCUUGCUGAGGCUUCAAGUGAUCCAGAUUUGGAUUUAGAUUCUGAUAAAAAGCUUCAAAGAUUUAACAUAUGGAAGGACUCAUUCCUGAAGACAUGUGCAGCUGUAGAUCAGGAGCUGGAAAAUCAUCCUAAAAUUGAUGCAUUUUACAGUGGAACCACUGCUUUGACAAUAGUCAGACAGGGUGAGGUUAUUUUUAUAGCAAAUGUUGGCGACUCACGUGCUGUAUUGGCUACCACUUGUGAUGAUGGCAACUUAGUACCAGUUCAGCUCACUGUUGAUUUCAAGCCUAAUCUACCUCAGGAAACUGAGAGAAUAGAGCAGUGUAAUGGUAGAGUAUUUUGCUUAGAUGAUGAAUCUGGGGUGCACCGAUUAUGGUUGCCCGAUGAAGAAUCCCCCGGAUUGGCGAUGUCUAGAGCCUUCGGGGACUAUUGCGUGAAAGAUUUUGGUCUAAUUUCAGUUCCUGAUGUGACUCAGAGGCAUAUCACAACUAAAGACCAAUUUGUUGUGCUGGCAACGGAUGGGGUGUGGGAUGUUGUUUCCAACCAAGAGGCUGUAGAAAUUGUAUCCGCAACUCCAGAUAGGGCAAAAGCGGCCAAGCGCCUGGUUCAAUGUGCUGUUCGUGGUUGGAAACGCAAGAGGAGGGGGAUAGCAGUAGAUGAUAUUUCAGCAAUUGUACUCUUCUUUCAUUCCAAUCAUUUCUGUCAGCAUAUUUACCCUGUAACUACACCAAAAUAACAUUUGAUAGAAAAGGGAAGUUUCUAUCUC